AUGAUUCGACUCGCUAUGGAUAUUCCAGUCUCUCAAAUCAAGCCAAUAUACGACCCUCAUCACCAUCAAGCUUCCCAGAACUCAUCAACUGUCAACACGCUCAUCCAAACCCUCAACCUCCAGCCCCAUCCCGAAGGCGGCUACUUCGCCGAAACCGAUCGCCCUCCCCCUCCCCCUCCCGUGGACAAGACAGAAACGCAACCUCAAGAUCACGAUCCCUCCCUCCCCGCAGCAAGUUCUACCAUCUUCUACUUGCUCACUCCCAACGCCCCGCUAGGCAUGUUCCACCGUGAUCGGGCCCGGACCAUCCAUACCUGGCACCGGGGACGCGGGCGGUACGUGAUCAUCCACGCAGAUGAGGCUUCCUGCAGCCACGCGGGCUUGGAAAAAUCCGAGCGUGAGGAGGAAAAGGUACGACUGGAGAGCUUUGUGGUCGGACCCGACGUGGCGCGUGGGGAGCACUUGCAGUGGGUAGUUGGCGCGGGGAAGUAUAAGGCGAGUUAUUUGUUGCCGGAUAUUUCCACUCCGGGGGAUUCGGAGGGGUUGUUGAUCAGUGAAGUGGUCGUCCCGGGAUUCGAUUUUGCGGGUCUCGACUUUCUACGCAAAGAUAAAAUGGAGGAAUUGCUCACUGCAGAGCAAGUACGAGAACUCAGUUGGAUGCUGAAGACCCCAGAAGAAUAA